CAGUGGUUUGACAUUUAGCUGAAUGUUGUCCUGCUGGCACAACGCAGCUCUUCCAAACAAAUAUUUUUCUACUACCAAUUUGCGUAUCAUCGCAAUCCCAAAAUUAGUGCAUUUUACGAUCUUUUACAACGUUUUGUAGUGUCUAGCUGCACUACGCUGAGAUCCCGGAACCCCAAACUAACAUGAACUAGUUGCAACACACUGAAUUUUGCAGUGUUUUGUGUAGCCAUAGUAAACGUGAUAGCCUCGCGCGAGUUGGCCCCUCAAGUGUUUGGUAGACAAUCUUCCACAACCCUUACGAUCAGAAUCGUUUCAGAAGCGACUGAAAACGUGUGGUUUCUUUUGGCAGCGCUUGUACAGUAAUAAGUCGUCAAAAUGGUUUUAGCCGAUUUAGGUCGUAAGAUUACGAAUGCGCUGCAUUCCCUAAGCAAGGCGACGAUUAUAAACGAGGAGGUGUUAGACUCGAUGCUGAAAGAGAUCUGCACGGCACUGCUCGAGGCGGAUGUCAACAUUCGUCUAGUGAAGAAGCUGCGGGAAAAUGUACGAUCUGUGAUCGACUUUGACGAAAUGGCCGGAGGUUUGAACAAGCGGCGCAUGAUUCAGUCGGCCGUGUUCAAGGAGCUUGUCAAGCUGGUUGAUCCCGGAGUGAAACCAUACCAACCGAUCAAGGGACGUCCGAACGUGAUCAUGUUCGUAGGCUUGCAGGGAUCCGGCAAAACGACAACGUGUACAAAGCUGGCGUACCAUUAUCAAAAGAAGAACUGGAAAUCGUGUUUGGUUUGUGCGGAUACGUUUCGUGCUGGUGCGUACGAUCAAAUUAAGCAAAAUGCCACUAAGGCGCGCAUUCCGUUCUACGGUAGCUACACGGAGGUAGAUCCGGUCACAAUCGCACAGGACGGAGUAGAAAUGUUUAAAAAGGAAGGUUUCGAGUUUAUCAUUGUGGAUACGAGCGGUCGGCACAAGCAGGAGGAAUCGCUUUUCGAGGAAAUGUUGGCGGUAGCCAAUGCGGUCAACCCGGAUAACAUUAUUUUCGUCAUGGACGCCACCAUCGGGCAGGCUUGUGAGGCCCAGGCUAAAGCGUUCAAAGAAAAGGUGGACAUUGGUUCGGUCAUUAUUACGAAGCUAGACGGACACGCAAAGGGAGGUGGUGCACUAUCGGCAGUGGCAGCGACAAACUCUCCCAUCAUCUUUAUCGGUACUGGCGAGCACAUAGACGAUCUGGAACCGUUUAAGACUAAGCCCUUCAUUAGCAAACUGCUCGGGAUGGGCGACAUUGAAGGUUUGAUUGAUAAAGUUAACGAACUAAAGCUAGACGACAACGAAGAGCUCAUCGAUAAGAUCAAACAUGGUCAAUUUACCAUUCGAGACAUGUACGAACAGUUCCAGAACAUAAUGAAAAUGGGCCCAUUCUCGCAAAUCAUGGGGAUGAUACCUGGGUUCUCGCAAGAUUUUAUGACAAAGGGCGGCGAGCAGGAAUCGAUGGCAAGAAUCAAGCGUCUCAUGACCAUGAUGGACUCGAUGUCGGACGGUGAGCUCGAUAACAAGGAUGGCGCGAAACUGUUCAGCAAACAACCGACACGUGUAACGCGGGUAGCUCAAGGAUCGGGCGUUAUGGAGCGCGAAGUACGCGAUCUGAUAUCGCAGUACACCAAAUUUGCAGCAGUCAUCAAGAAGAUGGGCGGUAUUAAGGGAUUGUUCAAGAGUGGUGAUAUGACGAAAAACGUGAACCCUACACAAAUGGCCAAACUAAAUCAGCAGAUGGCAAAGAUGAUCGAUCCUCGUAUGUUCCAACAGAUGGGUGGUAUGAAUGGUUUGCAAAACAUGAUGCGACAGUUACAGCAGGGUGCGGGCGGUCUGGGCAAUCUAAUGAGCGGGUUCGGUGGUAAGUAGAUAGUAGACCAUCCGGGUAGAGCAUUCAUCGGAUGUCUGCUGUUCGGACCUUCUGCGUUCUUGAAGUUUUGCUUUGAAUGACGAUUUGAACGUGUAAGGUGUACAUUUUACUACUUUGUGCAUACACAUCGGAGCACUCUGCCAAGUUCGGUAAUGAAUAAAUGGUAUGAUUUUGUUAUCCUAUGUUGAAAACAUAAUAA